AUGGGUACCAAUCGGACGUCAAUCUCGGAAUUCCUCCUCCUGGGGUUUGCCGUCCACCCCAAGAUGCAGCUGUUCCUGUUCGGGCUCUUCUCCCUGCUCUACACCGCCACUCUGCUGGGCAACGGGGUGAUCCUGGGCCUUGUCUGGCUGGAUGGGCGGCUCCACACCCCCAUGUACUUCUUCCUCUGCCACCUGGCCGUGGUCGAUAUCUCCUACGCCUGCAACACGGUCCCCCAGAUGCUGGUGAACCUCCUGCGUCCAGCGGAACCCAUCUCCUUGGCCGGCUGUUCCGCCCAGACCUUCUUGUUCCUGACCCUGGCCCACACCGAAUGCUUCCUGCUGGUGGUGAUGUCUUACGACCGCUUUGUGGCCAUCUGCCGCCCUCUCCGCUACCCCCUGGUCGUGAGCCGGAGAGCGUGCCGGAUCCUGGUGGGGCUGUGCUGGGCUCUGGGCUCCCUCUUGGCUCUGCUCCACCUGCUCCUCCUGCUCCGGCUGCCCUUCUGUGGGCGGAGGGAAAUCGACCACUUCUUCUGCGAAAUCCUGGCCUUGCUGCGGGCGGCCUGUGGCGAUGCCCGGAUCAACGAGGCCCUGGUCUUGGCGGGGGCCGUCUCGGUGCUGGUGGGCCCCUUCUUCUCCAUCCUGACCUCCUACCUGAGCAUCCUCUGGACCAUCCUGAGGCUCCGGUCACGGGAGGGGCGGCGCAAAGCCUUCUCCACCUGUGCCUCCCACCUGGGCAUAGUGGGGCUCUUCUACGGCACCGCCAUCAUCACCUACGUGGGACCUGGAACAGCGAACCCCGGAGAGGGGAAGAAAUAUCUUUUGCUGUUCCACAGCCUCCUCAACCCCAUGCUGAAUCCCAUGAUUUACAGCCUGAAGAAUGGGGAGGUGAAGAAGGCCCUGAGGGAGGUGAUGAAGAGGGUGAGGGCCCCAUGA